AGCUAUACCUCCCAGGCCAGUUGGUCGUGAAACGCCGCGCCGAUGGCACGCGUCGGGUCGCGCGCCUAAAAUUAUUAGCGUAAAAAAUUGUCGUUCUGGAUACCCGCUAUUUUUGUCACAGUGGCUACAACAUUAAACAGAGUUUUUGUGAAGGAUAAAUAAAUCUAAGUGUGACAGUGGAGGUUGAAUUUUUUGUGCUGAUAAAGUGGUGUGAGUUUUGUGAAAAGAUUUUUUAUAGUGCACCGACGGUUUUUCAGGGAUUCGGAUUUUUGGUACGAGAUCGACAACUAAACAGGGACAGCUAACGAAUUCGAGUACAUAACGUUGUCAGCAACAAGAUCUAGUCAUCCCAUGGGGCUGUAAAGUUAUGAAGACGAAAUCAUCAUGAUUACGCGGAAAGCAAUGAACAUCUGAAGAUGCCUGGUGAACGCAAGCCUGAGAACCUUCGAACGGAAACAGUGAAGAAGAAAAAGAUAAAACGAAUCGUGCACUCAAAUAUAAUAUUGGCAAUGAGACGAUUUUCGUAAAAGAUAAGCCAGUAAUGAUGUACGGUGUAAAAGCUACUCACAAAGUGUUUAGACGCAUUGUGUGUGGUUACGAGAAGGUUUAUGAAACGAAAAUAAAACAAGCUAGAUAAAGACCGCCCCUUAUGGAUCAAGUAAACAUAAGCACGGGUAACGAGACGGGCAACAGCACCAACGUGGAGGAUGGGUGGACGCACGACAUCAUGUUCAAGAUCAGGAUCUCCGUGCUGCUGCUCAUUGUCAUCAUGGCGGUGCUGGGCAACAUGCUCGUCAUCGUCUCUGUCAUGCGACACAGGAAACUCCGCGUCAUAACCAACUAUUUCGUAGUAUCGCUCGCGUUUGCCGACAUUCUGGUGGCUGUGCUGGUGAUGACAUUCAACUUUAGCGUCCAGUUCUACAACAAAUGGAUCUUCGGGCCCAUAGUCUGCGAUCUGUGGAACUCUUCAGAUGUCUACUUUACGUCGACGUCCAUACUCCAUCUUUGUUGCAUAUCGGUGGAUCGGUACUACGCAAUUGUGAAGCCGUUAAAAUAUCCCAUCAAGAUGACUAAGAAGAUGGCGUUCGUGAUGUUAGCAGCGACAUGGUUGAGUCCCAUCACCAUAUCCUACGCCCCAAUAUUCAUGGGCUGGUACACCACAAACGAUCAUCUUAUUCAGAGAGACAAAAACCCAGAUAUAUGUGAUUUCAUAGUCAACAAGCCUUACGCAGUCAUUUCAAGUUCCAUAUCAUUCUGGAUUCCAUGUACCAUCAUGAUAUUCACAUACUUAGCAAUAUUUAAAGAAGCUAAUAGGCAAGAAAAAGCUCUACAUGCAAGAGCUGGUAAUGCUAUGCUCAUGCAUCGGCAUUCGAGGGAAGUGAGCGAUAAAAAUGGAGCGUUACAUAUAAACGCCAACACACCAACCAAAGACAAAAACAUAUUGAAAAUGAAGAGAGAGCACAAAGCUGCGAGAACUCUUGGCAUAAUCAUGGGUGCCUUCAUCCUGUGCUGGCUUCCAUUCUUCCUCUUCUACGUCUCCACGUCCUUGUGUGACUCUUGUUGGUACCCAGACGUAAUAACUGUGAUCAUGUUUUGGACUGGUUACUUCAAUUCCGCGUUGAAUCCUAUCAUUUACGCGUACUUCAACAGAGACUUUCGUAACGCGUUUAAGAAUACGUUAGCUUGCGCGUUUUGUAGCUUUUGUAAGCGAAGUGCUUCAGAUCUGGACGCUUUAGAUCGGUUAGAUCGGAGAGGGUCCGCUCAGCUCAGAGUGCCAAUCCCUUCGAGAAGAGCAUCGGAUUUGGCGUCCCUUUGAAUAUCGCCAAAUCCUAGUGUGGUGACUGCCGUUUGAGGCCUAGAUAAGUGUCAACGAAGUAUUUUAGGCCAACUAAUGUACUUAUACCUUAAGUGACUGAGAAAUUUGCAUGAAGUAAAUGGUAUUCGAUGUAAAUGUGUGUAAAAAGUACUAUUGGCGGAUUGUGUGCAAUAUUAAAAUACAAUUGAUAAGUGAUAACGAAUCUCGAAGUAUGUAAACGUUUAUCUCGCGUUAUAGAUAAUAAUAGAAGUCAUUCUGUGGAUAAGAAAUCAGUGAGUUAUGUAAAAAUAUUUUCGUCAUAUGGUCUUUACAUUUCAUUAGUGAAUAAAGGCUCAUUUGAUAAUUGUACUGCAAUGUAAGAAGGUGCAAUAUUUAGAAUAAAUAUCGCAUUAUCAUAAAAAAUCGCUAUAUAAAAUUGACAUUAUUUAUUCACAAUAAUUUACCUCAGAUUGCGCUGCCGAUGAGUUUAAUUUUUCAAUGCUCCCGACAUUAGUAAGUAUUUUGGCAGAAUGUAUUUAAAAUUCAAUGAGCCUUUUUUAAGGGCAUCCCAUUACUUAAGUCCCUUUUCGUGUAGAAGGUAUCUUAUGGUGCGUCAAAAAUGAAAUAUGAGGAAACGAACUUUGAAUAUAUAAGGUUUCCUGUUCAUGCGUAUAUAUUAUAUUUGUUGGGGCGAAUAUGUUUACGACUUAGUAUGUGUUGAAUUUGUUGCGUGAAAUUACUUUUAUUAUGAAAUGUAUAUUUGUAUACACAUACACCAAACACCAUACUAUUUAUUACUUUUUAUCGCAAGAUGUACCAAAAAUACUUUUACUUUUAAAGCAAAAAAAUAAUGUAACAAGAUGAUUCAUAGCGUUUUCCUUUCGAAGCCCAGUAGAGAAAAGAAUAUUAUGCGUAUGAGCUUCGUUUAUUUACUUUUUUGUUUUUCGGAAAACUAAUAGCUACUUAACAUUAUAGAAAAUUAUAAAAAUAUAUAGGAUACAGAAGGUUUCAACAAAUAUAAUAUCAUCAUUAUUCUUGGAAAACAUUAUUUUGUAUCUUCUUUAAAAAAUUGGCAUUGUGUUACUAGUUACAUUCACUGUACUAAUAAUAAAAGGGAAGGUACUUACUAGGGCCUGUCGUGGAAAAUAAUUGCCUAUCUUCCGUACUAUGAAAGACAUAAUUAUACUGAAUAUCAAAUACUAUUAAGUUUCGGCGGAUCAAACACGAACACAUUAUUAAAGUUACACAUCAAACAAACUUACCUAUCCGUUAAUAAUAAUAAUAAUAAAAAAGUUUAUUUAGGUAAAAUCUUUGUCCAACUCGGAAUUCCCCCUCACAGAAUAUACUUAUUGAAACAAAAUGUAAAUAGUAAAAUAAACGAUUUUGAUGGUUAUUAUUGAUUGUGGCCUUUCUGCGUAAGACUAUACUGAUUCUUUUCUAUGAGAGAAUUAUGUACCUACUACGAUAGCUUUCUCAUAUUUUUUGUUACAUUUAAUAUAGUAAGUUUGGUAAACUACAUUUCUUUCUCUUCAUUUGAAUAUUAUAGUAAACAUGAUUUCAUAAGAAAUAAACAAAUAAUAGAUAUAAAUCUAUUUCAUAAUACAUUUUUGACGUAUCCAAACUUAUGUAAUUAUAAUAGGGCCUAAGUUAUUUAAUAGUAUGCCAGUAAAGAGGCCAAAGUAUGUAAAUAUAUUAAAAACUACUAGUUUUAUUAAGCAUAGGUCUAAUAUUAUAUUAUAGAAACAAUUCUAUAUUUAAGUUCAGUGUAAAUAUAGUUUUAAAUAAAUAUAAACAUGUAAAAAAUAAGUCAAAUAAGAAACGAAAUCAAAUAUUGAACUUAAGUUUAUAUUUUGUAUUGAAAUUCAAAAUACAAAUGUCAUUUUUAGAUUUUGUAAUGAAACCGUACACAAUAUUGUAUUUUCAAAAUUACCCAGACGCUUUGAUGGUAUUUGUCAAGAUGUUUAUCAUUUUCUAUUAAUUUAACAUGAUGUUUCAACAAACUGGAGAUAUUUAGAAAAAAAAAAAGUAAUAUUAAUAGUUUUUAUCAGUUUUAUAAGCGUACUUCAAAAACUAUAUCUUUAUUCCACUGAUAUAAAGAAUCGUUUGGCCCUAAAAUACUUUUGAGUACAUAUUUAUGAUUGUAAACUGUUACUGUUUAAAACUCUAACCCAAAGUUUUAGAAUAAGUAGCAAAUAUAUAAUGUAAAUAGUAAAACUCAAUAGUCGAUGAGAUUGUAGAUUAUUUAGAUAGUAAGUUAUUCAGAAUAGAAUUUAAAGAGAUUUCGUUUAAACUAUAGGAGGAUACGAUAAAGAUAUGGGGACAAAUAACGCUUCAAUAGAGAAAAAAAAACUAUUUUUAAAAUAAUUAUCGAUGUGCUACGGUUAACAAACCCUGUUAGAUUCGGUGUGUCAGUGUUUUAAUUAUUUAUAGUAACGUGAAACUAACUAUACUAAAGUACUAAUUCUCCAACUAACUGAAGACGUUCUUAACUUUAUAGUGUAUCCUUCUGUCGUCAUUUCCGCGACGCCAUUUCUGUCACAUCAUUUUAGUGACGUCAUUUCCGGACCAUCAUUUAUAUGGGUCUACCGAAUACUUGAAGUAGAUUUUAGUCAGUUUUGAGAUCUUGAGAAUUAAAAUCUCUGUCUGCCUUAAUACCUACACAUAAAAAAAUCUUCAUUCGGUAACAUGACUAAAAACUACUCGCACUAAGUCCUAGUACCUAGUAUAAGCAAAGACAAAUCCCUUUUAAAAUAUAAUUUAAAGAACUAGUAUAUAUCUAUAAAAAUCAUUCGUGUCAUUCAUUAAAUCUUUCAGGAACUUCUAAAUACAAUUUGGACUAAUGUAGCGAAAAAAAUAUUAUUUUAAACCUUUCAAAUGUUCGCUACUCUAAAUUCAAUGUGUCUUCCUUUUUAAUAAGUAUUAAGGCUCAACCUAUAUUGUAAUAAUUUAGGUAGAAUUUAGGUAAAAUAUAGAAUUAGAUAUUUAUUAACGAAUUUUCGAAGAUCAUAGCCAAUUUUAGUGUCUGUUUAGAGUAUGUGCCCAAUAUUAUAAUGUGUAUUUAUGUGACAAAAUGGUGAAAAUUAAAUGUCACAUUUCCACUUGGUUAUUUAAAGAAGUAACUGUUCUAGUCUUUAAGAGCAAAUUAUUAUUCGUACAAAAUAAUACGUAAAUCAAAAUAAAAUAUGAUUUAAGCAUAUUUAAUUUUUGCCAUUUUCGCUAAUUCCUUGGGUACAUGCGGCUGUAAGUGUAAAAAAAGUAAUAAUAAAUGGUUGUGACUUCUUUAGAUAUUACAACUUGCUAACAAAAUCAAUCAUAUCUGACUUUACCAAUAAAUUAAUCAAAAUAAUAUUUUUCCAAAACUAUAAAAACCACCUUCGCGUUUUUAUUUUUGAAUACUUAAUAAUAUUUAAAUUUUAAAUCAAAUGUACGAUAUUUAUUUUUACCACUGAGAAAAUGUUUUGUUCGGAUACUAUUUAAUAUUGUAUUGAAAGAAUUCUAUAUUUAUUACUAAACGAAUCCUAAGCUGUUAUAAAUAUAAUUUGUUUUAGUUGAGAUCCGUCCAUUUGCUUUUUUCUUAAUACUCCUUUGACAAAUUGUCUCAAAAGACGUACUUUCUUAAAAAUAUAAUAUAUGUAUAAUUAUGAAACUUUUUAAUGUGUCUCAGUACAUUUUUUGAGACAUUUUGGUUAGUAAAUAGUACUAUAGCUUGGUGUAUUUAUAUACGUAGUAACUGUACACAAUUUGUAGAACAAUAUGUGUAUUUUUGUUAUAAAUACUUAAAGGUUAAAUACAGCACCCGAUUAGACUUUAGAAAAUCUAGUUAAUAAACUAUAUAUUAAAUAAAAAUAUGUAUAAAUAUAUAUUAUAAACUUAGCUUCAAAGAAUACCAAAGCAUGUAUAACUGUAUCUACCCUUUAAGAAAGGAUAACAAAAAAACACGAAUGAAUGUGAAACGUAAAAUUGUAAAUAAAAUUACUAAAUGUCAAACUUAAUAAUAGUUAGUUACCAUUUUGAAUAGAAUUUUAAUUUUUAUCAUAGCUGCGUUAUAUUAUAAAUUAGAUAAAAAUAACAAAUUACACAGCAAUAUUUAUUAUUUAAAUCAUUAUCGUUAUAAUAUUAAAUGUAGAUCAGUGUAUAGCAUUAUAAUGUAGUAUUUUCGACUGCCUUUUGCAUCUUUUCUAAAUAUAAAACUUAUACUUGCUUGCUUUAUUUCGGUUGCGAUACAAAAAUAUAAAUACUUUAUAAAAUUAUUUAACUAAAGAGUUUCAUAUCAAUUAAGUUAUUCACAAUAUAUCAGUCAGUUCAUAUUUAAAUAAUUAAUAAAAUUAUUUGAUAAAACUUACAUUUAAAAUUGCUUUGCAUAUAACGGGUUGUAAUUAGAUAUUAAUUAAAAACUACGAUGUGUCUCUAGAUUAUUCAAAUGAUUGAUCAAAUGAAAGCAUUUGGUAAUUUAAUGUAGAGGACAAGCAUUUUGCAAUAGAAAGCUCAUAAAUAAUGUAAGUCAAAUUGCAUGUAGUAUUUUUUAGCUCAAUGAACUACCCUGUUGUCUAAUUCGCCAAUAAUAUAAUACUUGUCUACUAGGGAUUACAUCAUUACAUGCAAUAUAUCUUUAAUUAUUUGUGGGUUAGAAGUUCCUAUUGUAAAAUGCUCCAAAUAGUAAAACAAUGAAGAGAUCCGUUGUAUCAGUGAUAUUUUCUGUUACCAUUGUGAAAAUAUUUUAAGGUAUUUUUAAACAUUUACGUUGCAUCCAUUAAUGGACUGUGAUAAGUUACCCAGUACUCCUAAAGAAAACAUUAUUAUUAAAUAAUAAUUAUUAAAUAAAGAAAUUACCCUCAUCACAAAUGUUACAACUUUGUUAUUAUUUUUUCAGAGUUUAUUAUCAUAUUUUAAUUUUAUUAAUUGAAAUAAAUCGCGAAUAUUAAAUUAAUGUACAUUUAGUUGUAAAUAUUCAUUUUAUUGCAGUGAUAAUUAUAAUGGUUAUAAUUGAAUUGUUAAUUAAAAGUGUUGAUUAAUUAUUUGUAAAAGAUGCAUGGUGAGAUUUUAACCUUUAGGUAUUUACCUAAUA